CAUGUGUCGGCACACUUCAUUCGCCAACCGUCUCGACCCCUUGUUUUCACCCCUCAUAAUCGCCCCGACUCUCAUCCUCAACAGGUGCAUGUGUCAUUGGUCGGAAACAAUUACAUGAAGGUUUCAUGGGUGACCCGCGGAAGCGGUGUGUCCUCUACGGUUGAGUACGGGAAAACUCCGGGGAAAUAUGAGUCGACGGCCACUGGAGAGCACACGUCGUACUACUAUUUUUUGUAUACUUCCGGGAAGAUCCACCAUGUGACAAUCGGACCACUAGAUCCGGCCACCGUGUAUUACUACCGUUGUGGUGGCGCUGGCCCGGAGUUUAACUUUCGGACGCCGCCUGCCACCUUUCCCAUUGAGUUUGCAGUAGCUGGUGACCUUGGACAGACUGAAUGGACAAGCUCAACCUUGGAACAUAUUAAUGCAAGUGACUACGAUAUCUUGCUCCUCCCAGGCGAUCUUUCUUAUGCAGAUACACAACAACCACUUUGGGAUUCAUUCGGACGGUUGGUUGAGCCCUACGCCAGUCGUAGGCCAUGGAUGGUGACCCAAGGGAACCAUGAACAAGAAACCUUCCCAAUCAUUUACCCAAAAGGGUUCAAAGCUUACAAUUCACGUUGGCCCAUGCCAUAUAAAGAAAGUGCCUCCGACUCGAACUUGUAUUACUCAUUCGAUGCCAUCGGAACUCAUAUUAUUAUGUUAGCUUCAUAUGCCGAUUUUCAUGUUCAUUCGAAUCAGUUUAACUGGUUGGCUAAGGACUUGGCUAAGAUUGACCGAUCACGAACACCGUGGGUGGUCGUGCUCCUCCAUGCUCCAUGGUAUAACUCGAAUUUGGCUCAUCAAGGAGAAGGCGAAAGCAUGAGAGUCGCGAUGGAAGAGAUGUUGUAUAACUCUCGUGUCGACGUUGUUUUUGUUGGUCAUGUUCAUGCAUACGAACGCUUUACAAGGGUUUAUAACAAUAAAGCGAAUCCGUGCGGUCCGAUACACGUAACAAUUGGAGAUGGAGGGAAUCGAGAAGGUCUCGCCAUGUUAUACAAAGAUCCAACACCUUCGAUAUCAUUAUACCGCGAAGCAAGCUUUGGACAUGGUCGAUUGAGAAUACUGAAUGACACUCAUGCUCAUUGGUCAUGGAAUCGCAACGAUGACUCCGUCUCGGUUGUUGCUGAUGAAAUUUGGUUCAAAAGUUUGAGCUCAUCGUCCUCGUGUUUCCCCAAAGUCCAACCAACGAUAGAACCGACAUCCGAAAAAGACGAGCUUUGAUCUUUCUAUUCUUACCACUGGUUUAUUCCCUAGCAAAAUAUAUAUCGAAUUGUACUUACGACGGAUUUCCGACGGAUUUUCCUGUUUAACGUAGAAUAGAUUCAAUUUUACCAAUGAUUGAAAGGAAAUGUAUGU